AUGUCCACUUGGCAUGAUAUAGAACCUAUAUUGGACAGACUUUGUCAUGAUUCUCUGUUGUCUGUGAGAUUGCCAGUUUUGGAGAAGAUUCAUUCCUGGUUAAUACAUGGAAAUAUUAGUGAUUAUUCGCAGUUAGAUCAUAUAUCUUCCUGUUUAUUAAAAACUUACGCAAUUUACCAAGAUCCCAAGUCGAAGACCCUGGUAAAGAGUAUAUUUCAAGAAAUUUUGGGGUUGGAACCUCAAUUCUUUGAUGUAUAUUUAAAUUAUAUUGAAGAUCAAGUUUUGAGAGCGGUUGUUGGCAGCAAAUCUGUUGCUGAUUACUUAAACCUCUUUGAUUGGGUUAAUUGUUUCUUGGUGCUUUGCAUUGAUGAUAAUGCUAAUGUUAGAAUUGGAACAAACGUUCAAAAAUUAGUUCAAUUACACUGUGUUAUUAGUAGUGGUAUUGAGGCAGCUUUGGAUUGCCAAGAAGAGAUCAAAUGGGAUUCUAUUAAGCAAAAUCAACGUAGGAGGAGAAUAAGGUUAUCGGUUUUGCAAUCCUCAAGUAAGGCCUUGUUUAAGCCCUUUAAAUUGAGUGGUGAUACCAAAUUUAUGGAAAUUAUAUGCGGCGUGUUAUUGGACGAAAACGUGAAGUUAAAGCUCCCCCAUUCUGGUGUCAUUAUUCUAAUGGGAGCUCUGAUUAAGGUACUUCUACAGUUAUUACCAAUUAGACCCACUUUCUAUGGAAUUUUUAAGGAAAAAUUCUUAACUAAAUAUUUAGAAUACACCAGUACAGAGGUUCUUCUGGGAAAGAACCCUCCAUCUCCAUUCUGUAUAGAAGUUGCUCUAUCACAGUUUAUCCAUGAAUUUGUUGAUCAUUCAAUUUUAUCAACAUACAUUAUUCCAAGUGUUGAGAAAUGCAACUUAAGGUCACCAACUCAGUCUUUUAAGGUAUCAGCGGAGUUAUACACUGCCUUGGAUUCUCAGAAAAUUGAUUUAAUCAAAGUUUUCACUGAAACAAAACUUAUGAGUCAAACGCUAUCAUCUUUCAAAAGCAGUAAGGAACCGAUUCGUGAUGCUGCUUUGAAUUCUAUGCUGGUGAUUCUUGAAAAUAUAAACAAGGAAAAUUACUCAGUUAGCAGUCUUGAAUUAUUCCUAGAUGAGAUCUUUAAAAGUUUGAAGUCAAACUUAAACAUUGAAUAUAAAUCUAUGGUUGCCAGGACAAUGAAGAAGGUUCCAACUUUCUCUAACUCGGUUUCGAACACCUUAUUGCAUGCGUUGUCUCCCUAUGUCGUGAAGGAAACAAAUGAAAACGUUCUAUUUCAGUUGUUAGAUGCUUUCUUUGCUCAUUUGAAUGCGACGAGCCCUCCUGAUGAAGCGUUGAUCAAAAUUGUGAGAAAUGGAUUUCAUGAUAAAAAGUUGCCAAUACGGAAGAUUUGGUUUACAUCAUAUCUUUCUAAUGCAGCCCAGCUAUCUAAGUUUUUGAUUUCUACAUUUGGGCCAGAAGUUUUGGAGUUUGCGAAGCAGACCUUUUGUACACCGCUAAAGGGACUACCAAUUGGAGUAUUGGGUGUAAUGGAAUUCUGGAACCGUAUCCAUCAGUUGGGUAUGAACGAAAUUGAGGCCAAAUUUGUUACAACAAUUGAAGAAAUUAUCGCUAAUUCCUCUGAAAACAGUUUUGGUCGUGCUUGGUUGUACAUUACAUUAUCGACUCAACUUGAAUCUUCCGAUCGUCUUCGCGCUGUGGAUCUAUUGGGAGCCUUGUACCAAUCUUACCCAGGUUUGCUCAGUACAUCCAUCAUUAAUACACUGAAGCAAAUGUGUUCCACUAAAAAUAGUGAACGGAUUUUGAAUUGCAUUUCUUAUCGUUAUCUUAGUCCGGUCGUCAUAUCCUUAUCACAGCAGAUUGAGGAUAUAGAAACACUAAAAAAUACCCUUGUUGAUCUAUUGAUUGUUACUGAAUAUGAAGAAUUUAAUAUAAAAAAUGGUUGGGCCAGCUUGGUAUUGAAUGCUAAACAAGAUCCAAGUGAGAUAGUCAGCGAAUAUGCCCUGAAAAUUAUCGACAAUGCAAAUGAAAUUAUGCUGAACAAGGAUUUAUAUAAUUCCAAACUUGCUGACGCUGCAGCCAAAUCUAUCUGUUAUUCGUGUUUCAUUAACCCUAAGCGUAUCCUGCCUUUAAUUAUUGAGAUUUUGCAAAAAGACCUCGACUUGAAUAAUUUCCCAACUUUGACUGAGCAAGACUUGGCUAUUUGGAACGGUAAAGAUGGUGAAUUAGUAAUAGACAUUGUAGAACUGAACAAUAAUAAAAAAGUUAUGAACAAAAAUUCUAAAGAUUACGAAACCUUAAAAUGGGAGGAGAGUAUCAGAAGGAAUCAACGAUCUAAACAAGGAAUACACAAAAAGUGGAAUAAAGAAGAACAAGCUUUAGUUGAUGCACAACUUGCAAAAGAGUCGGCUAUUAGAUUUAAUAUAUCAGCAUGCCACCUAGCGAUAAAUCGUUCAGUUCAAAUUAUUACUACGUUAACCGAUGAUGCGAUUCAGGUUGAUAAUGGUGCCGAUGAAUGGUACCCCGUUGCAGUUACAAAAGUUUUGGAUGCACUGCAACAUCGAUCAUUUGUAACCUUAAUGGGAGAAAUUGGGGUACAAACUUUCCUUAAGAUGUCGGUUUUAACUGCAACUGGAUUAGGUUCUUCGAAAUUCUUUUUAGGUGUUGCUGUAUUGCGUUCUUAUAAGGUAGAUAAGCUUCCAUCUGAAUUAACCCAAUAUCCUCUUGUUGAUUUGAUUUCAAGUGUUUUAUUUAAAGCGAAAUUUGUUUCAGACAAAAAGACAUUUGAUUCAAUAACUUUAGCAUACUGCUUACCGCUACUCAUCAAGGUUAUGGAAGAAGGGCAGCGUGUAGCUAUGGAAAAUAUCAAUAAGCCAACCACUAGAAGUGAGUUUUCAGAAGAGGAGAAAGAAGAAGAGCACUUGUUACUAGCACUUGAAAUUAUCUCAUCCCAUGCGGAAGCUUUUGAGGAUCCAUCUGUACCUCGCAGAAGGAUCAUUUCUGUUUUAUUAUUGUUAUUAGCCCUACCAUCAAAAGCUAAAUUGGCAAAAGAUUGCUUCUUGGCAUUAUGCCAGCAUAUUUCAGUCUCCCCAGCAAAAUCUGAUAUCGAUUUAAUACUUUCAAAUCUAAUGUCACCUAAUCGGUUCGUCAGGGCUACCAUCUUGGAAGCUAUUGAUAAUGAAUUUGAAUUACAGUCCUUUAUGCAUAAUUCUCCAGAAAUAUUUAUAUGUACCCAAGACGAAGAGGUAUCGAACAGCGAAACUGCUAGGUUCAUUUGGGAGUACAAUCACUUUGAAAUCAAUGAAGAUUUCCCAACAAUGUUAUUUGAUUUUUUUGGCCAGAAUGACAUUGGCAUUUGUUCGUUUGUGGCAAAAGCUUUUGCAGAAGCAGUAGCUUCGGUUCAGGCUAGCAAUAAGGCGGCAUUUGAUAAGCUGUUGGAUCAACUAAUGGAAUUUUAUAUACUGAAGGCUCGUCCUGCAGAAGAUAUUUCGGAUGAAUUCGGCUUAGUCGUUAUUUCUGCUGCUGAACAGAAAGAUCCAUGGCAUGAGAGAAAUACAACUGCUAUUGCGUUUAAGCAUAUGAGUCCUUUGUUUAAGGAUAGCAGACAGGUUAUUAAGUUUAUUCAUUUCGCGAUUCAGAGCGGUGCAUUAGGUGAUCAGGACCCUGUUGUUCGUCAGGGGAUGAAAGAAGCUGGUAUUGAAAUCAUUAAUGAGCAUGGUGCUGAGAAUGUCGAGGAGUUAAUUCCAAUUUUUGAGCAGCCUUUGACAUCUGAAUCUGAAGUAAGAAUCAAGGAAAAUGUGAUCAUCUUAUAUGGUUCUCUCGCAAGACAUUUGGAAACAGCUGACCCUCGUGUUGAUAUCAUCGUUAACAGAUUGUUGGCUACUUUAAAUACUCCUUCUGAGGAAGUUCAGCAAGCCGUGUCCGUGUGUAUAUCUCCUUUAGUAACUCUCUUCAGAGAUGAAGUUGGAGAAAAAUUUGAAACUUUAACCAAUACGUUGCUUGAUUCCAUAUCUCCUGUCUAUAUCAGAAGGGGUGCAGCAUGGGGUAUAGCUGGCUUAACAAAAGGAUAUGGUAUUUCUGCACUAGCCAAGUUCGAUAUCAUUCGCAACCUCAUUGAGGCCUCAGAAGAUAAAAAGGACCCAAAACGCAGGGAAUCUGUUGCCUAUGCCUUUGAGUGUUUAUCAAAGUCACUAGGUAAGUUAUUUGAACCAUAUGUUAUUAGAGUUCUUCCAAAUAUUUUGAAAAACCUGGGUGAUUCCGUUCCAGAUGUCAGAGACUCAACAGCUGAGGCAACUAAAUCAAUUUUGUCUCAAACCACCAGCUAUGGUGUCAAAAAGUUAAUUCCUGUUGCUGUUUCUAACUUAGAAGAUGUAUCCUGGAGAACAAAGAGAGGUUCUGUUGAAUUACUUGGCAAUAUGGCUUACUUGGAUCCAACUCAGUUAUCAGCUUCUUUGUCAACUAUUGUUCCUGAAAUUGUUAGUGUUCUAAACGAUUCUCAUAAAGAGGUUCGGAAGGCAGCAGAGCACUCUUUAAAGCGAUUUGGUGAGGUUAUCAGAAAUCCAGAAAUUCAGGCUUUGGUUCCAACAUUAAUUAAGGCUAUCGGAGACCCAACUUCCCACACCGAAUCAGCAUUGGAUGCACUAAUCAAGACACAAUUUUGUCAUUAUAUUGACGGGCCAUCAUUAGCACUGAUUAUUCAUGUUAUCCAUCGUGGUAUGCGUGAUAGAUCUGCGAAUACGAAGAGGAAAGCGUGUAAAAUUGUUGGUAACAUGGCAAUCUUGGUCGAUAAGAAGGAUCUAAUCCCAUAUUUACAGCAGCUAAUCGAUGAAGUAGAAGUUGCUAUGGUUGAUCCUGUCCCUCAAACGAGAGCUACUGCCGCACGUGCAUUAGGUGCCUUAGUUGAAAGAUUGGGCGAAGAUCAGUUCCGUGAUUUGAUUCCACGUUUAUUGGAUACAUUAAGCGACGAUUCUAAAUCAGGAGAUCGCUUAGGUUCAGCACAAGCACUAGCAGAAGUUAUCAACGGUCUGGGAUUAUCAAAAUUGGAGGAGCUAUUGCCAGCUAUUUUGAAUGGUGUAACCCACUUUCGUCCCUACGUACGCGAAGGAUUCAUGCCGUUAUUACUUUUUAUACCGAUUUGUUUUGGUGCUCAAUUUGCUCCUUAUAUCAAUCAAAUUAUUCAACCAAUUUUAUCUGGUUUGGCCGAUACUGAUGAAAACAUUCGCGAUAUAGCAUUGAAAGCAGGCAAGUUGAUCGUGACAAACUAUGCAACAAAGGCUAUUGAUUUAUUGCUACCCGAACUGGAAAAGGGGAUGCUUGAUGAAAAUGAACGUAUUCGGUUGUCUUCAGUUCAGUUGGCCGGCGAUUUACUGUUCCAAAUUACUGGAACUUCUUCUCACAAUGAAUUCGUGGAAGAACAAUCAGAUGAAGGUAUGGAAGUUAGCAACCAGCUUGUUGAUGUCCUGGGCAAGGAACGUCGUGAUAGAAUACUGUCCUCAUUGUUUUUCUGCAGAAAUGAUUCUUCAGGUAUUGUUCGUUCUACAACACUUGAUAUUUGGAAGUCAUUGGUGCCAAAUACUCCACGUACAAUCAAAGAGAUGUUGCCAACACUGACAAACAUAAUAGUCGUUAAUUUGGCAUCGCCAUCCAGUAUUCUUCGUCGUUUGGCAGCUCAGACUCUUGGGGAUUUAGUUCGUCGUGUUGGUACCAAUGCGUUGUCACAAUUAUUACCAACAUUAGAAGAAUCACUAAAUGCAUCCAUUGAUUCUAAUUCAAGACAAGGUAUAUGUAUCGCUUUAGGCGAACUGAUUGAAUCAUCGAAUACUGCUCCUCUUCUUGAAUUUCAAGAUAUCAUCGUCAACAUUAUACGUAAUACAUUGGUGGAUAGUGAUGAGAUGGUUAGAGAAUCCGCAGCUUUAUCUUUUGAUGCUUAUCAAAAUGCUGUGGGUAAUCAGGCAAUUGAUAAUAUUAUUCCAUAUUUGUUAAACAUCUUGGAAUCCUCCAAUAAUUCAGAAUAUGCAUUGUCAGCUUUGCAAGGGAUAAUUUCAACUAAAUCAGAGAUUAUCUUCCCAAUUCUGAUCCCAUCAUUAUUAUCACCACCAAUUGAUGCAUUCAAAGCCCGUGCUUUGGGUUCUUUGGCAGAAGUAGCCGGUACUGCUUUAUACAAGCGUCUAUCAUCAAUUUUAAACGCUUUGGUCAACACCUUGGUGAACGAAGAUCUCGAUUAUGAUACGAAAUGUUCUAUUGAAAUUGCAAUAGACCGGGUCCUUGCUUCUGUUUCGAGCGAAGACGGAAUAUACCCAUUAAUGCAACAAAUUAUGGCGUUACUGAAGAGUGAAGAUAUGGAAAAACGUAUUGUAAUACUAAACCAGCUUCCAAAUUUCUUCGAGAAUACAACUCUGGACUACAGCGUUUACACACCGGAUAUUGUUGCCCAAGCAAUCUUAUCUUUAGAUAAUAAAGAUAGUCGAAUCGUCGAAGUUAAUUUUCAAAUGCUUUCAACAUUGCUCAAAAAGCAGGAUAAAAUGAUGCUUGAAAAAUUAGUCCAACCUGCCAAACAGUCAUUGCAUUUGACAGGUACUGAGGGUGAAGAUUUAGCUGCAUUUACUUUGCCUAAUGGUCCUAACUGUGUAUUGCCAAUAUUUUUGCAAGGGUUGGUUUAUGGUUCUAGUGAUGAGCGUGAAGCUUCGGCUUUGGCUAUUGCUGAUGUUGUAUCCAAGACACCUUCAGCCAAUUUGAGGCCUUUUGUUACCGUUAUAACUGGUCCAUUAAUUCGUGUUGUCGGAGAAAGAUUCAGUAGUGACAUUAAGGCAGCUAUUCUUUACGCCCUGAAUAUAUUGUUUAGCAAGGUUCCGCAGUUUCUGAAACCAUUCAUUCCUCAAUUGCAGAGAACUUUUGUGAGAUCUUUGUCAGAUGCUUCAAACGAAACUCUUCGUUUACGUGCUGCCAAAGCAUUGGGAACUUUAAUUCAAUACCAGCCUAGAGUUGAUCCACUUAUUGUUGAACUUUCCUCAACUGCUCAUCAAUCCAAGGAUCCUGGUGUGAGAACUGCUACAUUGAAAGCUUUGCUUGAAGUCGUGUCAAGAGCUGGUAACAAGUUAAGCGAUGCUUCAAAGAAAACCAUUAUUAACUUGGUAGAGCAGGAAAUCUUAUCUGCGGACAAUAAACUUGCUAUUGCAUACGCUCGGUUAAUUGGUGCUUUGUCAGAGAUAUUAUCAGCAGAUGAAGCAUGUAAUAUAUUGAAUGAAAAGGUACUGCAGUCUAAUCUCGAUGGUGAAUUUGGAAAGUUUGGCAUUUUGACUUUAAAUUCUUUCCUAAAGGAUGCUCCCAUGCAUAUUUUCACAAAUGAUUUAACGAACAAAGUUGUUGAAUACUUGGUGGAAGUUACUAGCUCAAAGGAUCCAUAUCUCAGCGAUAAUGGUUUACUUGCAGUCGGAAAAAUUUUGUUAUUAGAGGGAGAAAGAAAAUCUCCCACUUCUAAAGUUACCUCAGAGGAACCAUUUAGUCUGGGUAAAGAAAAUAUCGAAAAGCUCAUUUCUCAAUUGAACAAAUGUAUGCUUCAGCCCCCAAGUAAUUCAUUGGAUACUAGAAGAAUGACCCUUGUAGUCAUCAGGACCCUUGCAAGAUUCAAAUAUGAUGAGUGCAUUGCACCAUAUCUCGAUACACUUGGUCCCUCCACAUUCUCGUGCUUGCGCGAUAUCAUCAUCCCGAUCAAACUAUGCUCAGAGAAAGCUUUUCUUGCUAUGUUCAAACUAGUCGAAGAAAAGGAUAUGACAACUUUCAACAACUGGUUGAAUAACCUGACUGCUGAUCCAGUUCAAAAUAGCUUGGGUGCUGCAAUUCCAGUAAGGUCUAUCAGUGACUAUACUAAGCGGGUUGGUGGAAGAUUAGCAAACGUCGAAAGAGAAAGAAUUGCAGCAGGUGGUGAUGCUGAAGCAAUGUUCUCAGACCGUUUUGAGGACGAAACAGAAAUAUGGGCUGUUGGUGGUGUAGAUUUGAACUCCUCAGAUAUUUAA